AACAGGACAUUUGACAUUUAUCUGACGUUUCACCGGUUGUAUCCAAUGUAAACACGAAACUUGUUUUCAACAAUAUACUAAAUAAUCUAAAACCACUUAAGUACUAGUUCUUGUAUUAAGUAAUGUUCAUUUCAUUAAAUUUGAACCACAAAUAACACUCGUAAUGAUUGGAACUAUUGUAUUCAAUAAAAUAAAAUCGUUUAUUUUGGUAUUCCUCAAUUUAUUCAGGCGCGCCUUAUGUUGUUUUCGAAGGAGACGGCGCAAUUCUUGUGAUACGGUUCCUCUGACCCACGUAGGAGUGGUGUCCAAUGAUAACACCAUACAACAGAGUGGAGCAGAAAGUUGGUCCGAUUGGGAUGAUGAUAAACCUAAAACUGUGCAAGAUCACAUAGAAAUGUACAGGAAGCAGGCCUUUACAAAGGUAGAGGAACCGACUGUUGAAGAAGAACAGAACUUUUUCGAAGACAUGGCGCCAAAAAUUACCAAAACUAGCAAGAUUUAUGUUAGCAAAGAUAAUGAAAAUGUUAGCAGUGGAAGUAGACUUAAUUUUUCAGGGGACAAUGUUACUAUUUUGCCCACUUCUGAGUUGACUGAUUGGGAAGAAAAUUCAGGAUGGGAAGGUGAUAAAUUAGACUGGGACACACAGGAAGUAUUGCGAGAGAAAAGAAGACAGGAAAGAGAGAGGAGGCUUUGGGAACAACAGCAGAAGAGGCAAGAGAAAAUGAGGUCUCUGGGAGCUCGAAUCGUUUCCUAGUAGAGGAUCAUCACAUGAAGUACUGACUUAAAUUGUGAACUGCUGUGCUUAUUUAUUUUAUAAAGUGUGGCACUUGUAAAAUAAAUUAUAUGUUAUUAUUGUAAUCAUUUAUUUUUAUCACAAACAACAAAAAUAUGUGUACUUCAAUUUAUUUACUGAAUAAAUUGAUUAUAUUGUCUUCAUUAAACUACUUUUGUUUUGUUAA